AUGGUUUCCUUUUUGUUACCGUGCCGACGGGUUCCGUAUGCGCAUUUCAUACCUGUUUUUCUCCGAUGCAAGGGCCACGGCAUAGAGGUUGUGGUUCGGAGCGGGAAUAAUGGUGACACCCUGCGCCGAUUGGUGGCAACUCUUGCGCAACAUUUGUGCGUUCUUUCCUUUUACGAGCCCCGGCUGCCAAAAAGGGGUUAUGCCUUGGCGUUUUCACUCGUUCCCUUGUUGGUGGAAAGACUCCAGCCCGGCAUCUAUCCCCGUAAUGGUUGCAAGGCGCGAUGGCUGGGCCUCACGUAA